CAGGUGAUUGUUCUGACAUAUUUUUCUUCCUGAGAAAUAUAAUCUCUUUGAAAAUUUUCUUCUUUCUUCUGGCAUAUUUUUCCCCUUCCCACUUAGGAAUCUUUUUCCUGUUUUAGAGUUCUGUGGAAGGCUUUUCUGUUAUGCAAGAUAAUAUAUUUUGUUUUGCUUUUUUUGUUUUUGAAGUAACAGAAAUGAUGCUGUUGUAUCUAAAGGAAAAGGAGCCGUUUGUCUUACCCACAUUCUUACAUCUUGUAUAUUUGCCUAGAGACUUUUAAACACACACACACCAAAUUAACAUUUGGGGAAUUCCCACAUUUUAUGUUGUGUGGCUUGGUUUCCAUGGCAACCUUCUGACUCCAGUCCCCAGGCCUGUGGUUCCUUAGGUGACGCGUCCUCAUCCUCCCCUGUUCCCUGCUGCUGACCAGCACUGCACGGUGACCCUGAGCAGUCACUUAAGGCUGCUGUUUCUUUAUCUGGAACUGGGAGGGGUUGCAGCAUAGUUUUUUUUUUAGGCCUUACUCUACCAGCAUAAAAAUUUCUUGGUUCACAUUCAAGAUUUUGUGGCCAUUAGAAUAAUUUUUGGAUGAUUUUAUGUAAUGGCUUUUAUUUGCCAGUUGAGAUUAGAAAGCAUACCUUCAAGUAUGUAUUAAAAUAUAUAUUGAGAAACACUCGGACAGGCGUGUUGGUGUACACUUGUAAUCCCAGCACUCAGGAGGCUGAGGCAGGCGGAUCAACUUGAGUUUGAGAGUAAACUGAGCCACAUAAUGAGUUCAAGACCAGACUGAAGUGCAAAGCAAGAUCCUGUCUUCAAAGAAAACAAUAAAUGGAAAAACUCUCUUUUUGUGAAUAUAGAUAUAUGUGUGUAUAUGUAAAGAUACAAUCUUUUUUAUCUAGGUAAAGAAGUAAAAGCUUAUAGCAGAAUCUCAUUGCAUAUGCAGAUUCAUUCACAUUUUAAAAGUAAUAAAAAUAUUUUACCAAGCUCCAUAUGUUUGUCCAGGUUAACUUGUGUAUCUGUGCACUUAAAAUAUAUUUUGAAAACUAUUUUCUUUAAAACUUUUUUUCAAAAAUGUAAAUAGUACCACACAGAUGUGAUCUGUUCUCCUAUUUAGUAGCCCUCAUCUCUCCCCCAAAACACCAAUAUAAAAUGAUCUAAAAAUAUGGCUUUUUUUUUUUGGGAAUUUUUCAUGAAAGGAUAUAGCAAAACUUAAAAACACAUUGACCCUCUGGUAUACAACUUUACAGUAAUUUGAUGCAUAUUUUUGAUAAAACAGCCCCAUAUUGAAGUAACAAGGACUUUCAGUGUAAGGCCCUGCAGUUUAGCCAGCUUAAAAAAAUGAAAUAACUUCAGCAAGGAACACAGACUAAGUAUAUACCCAAUAUUUUGCAAAUCAUGGAAUAAUUUCUAAGGUCCUUUCCUGAGGCGGAGUUUUUAUAGCCGUAACAUUCCAGCUGUGGUUUGGGGAGCAGAAUGUUUACUACCGUCCUGAAUACAAGGAUGGGAAGUGUGUAUUCUCACUGCUGAGGGCUUAAAAAAGAAGUAGACAGUCCUUUCAAGUCAGUAAACCUUUAUUCGGAAAACCGUGGAGCUGCGUUCCUAUGGAACUUUGGUGGUAAGUGUGGAAUGCAGGCCAACAAGAGGCCAGUCAUGGGCAGCCGAGUGUCUCAGGCGAAAUGGCAGGCUGUCCCGGCUAAUCACUUCAGGCAGCCCUUGGAAAACCACUUUCUGGUUAAGUCUGCAUCAUACUGUUCCACCAAUGGAAAAAAUUGAACAUGAUGAGGGUGUGUAGCUAGCAGACAAAAAUAUAUCCAGCAUUGCACAGGAUCUGUUUUUAGCUUUCAACGGCUGAGCAUUUGAAGUGUUAGACACUGUUUCCUGGCUUACCAUGGGCAAAAGGAAGAGAGAUUUGGAGGAUGUGGAUGUAGAUUCUAGCUACGUGAAACUUUCUGUUAGCGAAAAGACACUGGGAAUAACUAGCUACAUUCAAAAUUUUGACCAAGGACUGCUUCAAGAAAUACAUGGAUUCAUUUCCCAUGCUUUUUAAAUAUGCUGCAUUGCUCCCAAGACCAUGUAAGGUCAACCGACAUUUAGCCUCUCUCUGAGAAAAAGCCAGACUUCAGGAAUUGUCAGUUCGAAGCCUGCCACUUCUAAGGCCAAAAGAAGUCUCUGCCUUCAGGUUAAAAUGGGCAACUCCGAGAGUCAGUACACCCUUCAAGGAUCUAAAAACCAUAGCAAUGCUAUUACUGGUGCUAAGCAAAAGCCUUGCUCCCUGAAAAUACGCAGCAUUCAUGCAAAAGAUGAGAAGUCGUUGCAUGGAUGGACUCAUGGGAGCAGUGGUACAGGUUACAAGUCCAGGUCCCUGGCCCGAAGCUGCCUUUCUCACUUUAAGAAUCAUCAGCCUUACGCAUCAAGACUCAGUGGGCCCACAGGCAAAGUGUCCAAAGGCAUCACCUAUGCCAAGCACAGGGCAAGUGCCUCAGGAAAUGAUUUCCAGGUCAACAGUGCUGCUUUCUCCCCCGAGAAUGGCUUCCACUGUGAUGACCACAAACCAGCAGACAACCACAUCACCUCGAAAGACUGCAACGGACACCUCCUUAACUGCUAUGGGAGAAAUGAGAGUGCUGCCCCGACUCCACCAGGUGAAGACCGCCGUAGCCCCAGAGUGCUCAUCAAGACGCUGGGGAAGCUGGAUGGGUGUUUAAGGGUCGAGUUCCACAAUGGUGACAACCACAGCAAGGGGCCAGCAGAGGACCCAAGCGGUCCAGUGCAGCUGCUGAGGUAUUCACCUACCUUGGCAUCCGGAACCUUCCCUGUGCCAGAAGCCAGGAGGGACUCUGGUGCUGAUUCUCCGGCCAGCCAGCGCCCUUCACCUACUGACUCUCGCCUUCGCUCCAGCAAAGGCAGCUCCCUGAGCUCGGAGUUGUCCUGGUAUGACUCUCCUUGGGGCAAUGCUGGGGAGCUGAGCGAGGUGGAGGGCUCCUUCUUAGCUCCCAGCACCCCCGAUCCUAGCCUUCCCACCAGCUUCCCACCUGGUGAUGCCAAAAAGCCUUUCAACCAAAGCUCUUCCCUGUCCUCCCUUCGGGAUCUGUACAAAGAUGCCAGCCGCUCCCCCUCUGGCUUUUGCCUUUCUGACGAAUAUAUUGGCUCCCACACCAGCCUGAGCAAUCGCGUCUCGUUUGCAUCUGACAUUGAUGUGCCCUCCAGGGUAGAUCACAGGGACCCCAUCCAGUACAGUUCCUUCACCCUUCCCUGCCGGAAGUCCAAAGCCUUAACAGAGGAUACUGCAAAGAAGGACACCCUCAAAGGCAGAAUGCGACGCAUCAGCGACUGGACAGGAAGCCUCUCAAGGAAGAAGAGGAAACUCCAGGAGCCAAGGUCCAGCUUUGACAGCUGCUCUGAUGGACUGAAUGCAGAUAUGCAGGCGCUGUCUCAGGUGCCCACCCUACUGUGGCCAGCGGGCUCGGCUCAGAUCCUGUCUCAGAGAAGCGAAUCCACUCAUGCAAUUGGCAGCGAUCCUCUUCAACAGAACAUUUACGAGAAUUUCAUGCGGGAGUUGGAAAUGAGCAGGACCAACGCCGAGCACAUAGAAACAUCUACAGAAACUGUGGAAUCCAGCAGUGAGUCGCUCAGCUCACUUGAGCAACUGGAUCUGCUCUUUGAGAAGGAGCAGGGAGUGGUGCGGAAAGCCGGGUGGCUUUUCUUCAAACCCCUUGUCACCUUGCAGAAAGAAAGGAAGCUGGAGCUGGUGGCUCGAAGGAAGUGGAAACAGUACUGGGUAACACUUAAGGGCUGUACCCUGCUGUUUUAUGAGACCUAUGGGAAGAAUUCCAUGGACCAGAGCAGUGCCCCACGAUGUGCCCUCUUUGCUGAGGACAGCAUUGUGCAGUCUGUCCCAGAACAUCCCAAGAAGGAAAACGUGUUCUGCCUCAGCAACUCCUUUGGAGAUGUCUACCUUUUCCAGGCCACUAGCCAGACAGACCUGGAGAAUUGGGUCACUGCCAUACACUCUGCGUGUGCAUCCCUUUUUGCGAAGAAGCAUGGGAAAGAGGACACUGUGAAGCUGCUGAAGAGUCAGACGAGAAGUCUGCUUCAGAAGAUCGACAUGGACAGCAAGAUGAAGAAGAUGGCCGAGCUGCAGCUGUCCGUGGUGAGCGACCCCAAGAACAGGAAAGCCAUCGAGAACCAGACCCAGCAGUGGGAACGGAAUCUGGAGAAAUUUCACAUGGAUCUGUUCAGAAUGCGCUGCUACCUGGCCAGCUUACAAGGUGGGGAGUUACCGAACCCCAAGAGCCUGCUUGCUGCCACCAGCCGCCCCUCCAAGCUGGCCCUCGGCCGACUGGGCAUCUUGUCUGUUUCUUCAUUCCAUGCUCUGGUAUGUUCUAGAGAUGACUCUGCUCUUCGAAAAAGAACACUUUCACUGACCCAACGAGGGAGGAGCAAGAAGGGCAUAUUUUCUUCCUUAAAAGGGUUGGACACCCUGGCAAGGAGAGGGAAGGAGAAAAGAGCUUCCAUCACUCAGGUUGAUGAACUCCUGCAUCUGUAUGGGUCAGCAGUAGAUGGCGCUCCCCGAGACAACGCCUGGGAAAUCCAGACUUACAUUCAUUUUCAGGAUAAUCAAGGCGUCACUGUCACAAUCAAGCCAGAACACAGAGUGGAAGAUAUUUUGACUUUGGCAUGCAAGAUGAGGCAGUUGGACCCCAGUCACUAUGGCCUUCAGCUUCGGAAAUUGGUUGGUGAAAGCAUUGAGUGCUGUAUUCCUGCCCCGUAUGAAUACGUGCAAGAGCAGGUUUAUGAUGAAAUAGAAAUCUUCCCACUAAAUAUUUAUGAUGUGCAACUCACAAAGACUGGGAGUAUCUCUGACUUUGGGUUUGCAGUCACAGCACAAGUGGAUGAGCACCAGCACCUCAGCCGGAUCUUCAUAAGUGACGUCCUCCCUGAUGGCUUGGCGUAUGGCGGAGGGUUGAGAAAGGGCAAUGAAAUCAUAACCUUAAAUGGGGAAGCUGUGUCAGAUCUUGACCUUAAGCAGAUGGAGGCCCUGUUUUCUGAGAAAAGCGUUGGACUUACUCUCAUUGCCUGGCCUCUGGACACAAAAGCAACUCUGUGUGCUUCCUGGUCAGACGGUGACCUGUUCUCCAGGGACCAGAAAGCUCUGCUGCCUUCCCCCAACCAGUCCCAACUGCUGGAAGAAUUCCUGGACAACUUGAAAAAGAAUCCCGCACGUGAUUUCAGCAACGUCCCUGACAUCACAACUGGUAUGAAAAGGAGCCAGACGGAUGGCACUCUGGAUCAAGUCACCCAUCGAGAGAAAAUGGAGCAGACGUCCAGGAGUGCAGAACAGAUCGCUACACUGUGUAGGGGCUUUAACGACACACAGACCAAGAGUAUGGAAGGACCCAGGGAAAGUCAGGACCCACCUCCGAGGCCUCUGGCCCGCCACCUGUCCGAUGCCGACCGCCUCCGGAAAGUCAUCCAGGAACUUGUGGACACCGAGAAGUCUUAUGUGAAGGAUCUGAGCUGUCUCUUUGAAUUAUACCUGGAACCACUUCAGAAUGAGACUUUCCUUACCCAAGAUGAGAUGGAGUCACUUUUUGGAAGCUUGCCAGAGAUGCUGGAGUUUCAGAAGGUGUUUCUGGAGACUCUCGAGGAUGGAAUCUCGGCUUCCUCUGACUUUAAUAUACUGGAAACUCCCUCACAGUUUAGAAAGUUGCUGUUUUCUCUUGGGGGCUCAUUCCUCUAUUAUGCAGACCAUUUUAAACUCUACAGUGGAUUCUGUGCUAAUCAUAUUAAAGUACAGAAGGUUCUUGAACGAGCUAAAACUGAUAAGGCAUUUAAGACUUUUCUGGAUGCCCGGAAUCCCACUAAGCAGCAUUCCUCCACCCUGGAGUCUUACCUUAUCAAACCGGUGCAGAGAGUGCUCAAGUACCCCCUGCUGCUGAAGGAGCUUGUGUCCCUGACGGACCACGAGAGUGAGGAGCACUACCACCUGACCGAAGCAUUAAAGGCGAUGGAAAAAGUAGCGAGCCACAUCAAUGAGAUGCAGAAGAUCUAUGAGGAUUACGGGACUGUGUUUGACCAGUUGGUGGCGGAGCAGAGUGGCACAGAGAAGGAGGUAACAGAACUUUCCAUGGGAGAACUUCUGAUGCACUCUACAGUCUCCUGGUUGAAUCCAUUUCUGUCUCUAGGAAAAGCCAGAAAGGACCUUGAACUCACAGUAUUUGUUUUUAAGAGAGCUGUCAUAUUGGUUUAUAAAGAAAACUGCAAACUGAAAAAGAAGCUGCCCUCCAAUUCCCGGCCUGCACACAGCUCUGCUGACUUGGACCCAUUUAAAUUCCGCUGGCUGAUCCCUAUAUCCGCACUUCAAGUCAGACUGGGGAACACAGCAGGGACAGAAAAUAAUUCCGUAUGGGAGCUGAUCCACAUAAAGUCGGAAAUAGAAGGACGGCCAGAAACCAUUUUUCAGUUAUGUUGCAGUGACAGUGAGAGCAAAACCAGCAUUGUGAAGGUGAUUCGUUCUAUUCUGAGGGAAAACUUCAGGCGUCACAUAAAGUGUGAAUUACCACUGGAGAAGACCUGUAGGGAUCGUCUGGUGCCUCUCAAGAACCGAGUUCCUGUUUCAGCCAAAUUAGCAUCGUCCAGAUCUCUCAAAGUCCUCAGGACCUCCUGCAGCAGCGAGUGGCCCAGUGAAGCCAGCAAGGCUAACUCACUGGACUCAGACGAGUGCAGCCUGAGCAGUGGCACCCAGAGCAGUGGCUGCUCUGCUGCCGACAGCAGACAGGACUGCAGGAGCGCUGCUCCUCCAGUGGGUGACCCUCAUGUGGGUGAUCCCCACGUGGGCUUGGCGGAAUUUUCCGACAAUCUCAUCAAAGAGAGUGAUAUUCUAAGCGAUGAAGAUGACGACUACCAACAGACUCUGAAAAGGAGCAGCCCCACGAAGGACAUCGAAAUCCAGUUCCAGAGACUGACAAUCUCCGAGGAGCCCAAUGCCCACCCGGUGGAGCAGCAACCUGGUACAGGAGUGGGCGAGGGCUCAAAGGGAGAGCAGCCCAAGCUGGUCCGGGCCCACUUCUGCCCCAUUAAACGAAAAGCAAACAGCACCAAGAGGGACAGAGGAGCUUUGUUGAAGGCGCAGACUCGUCACCAGUCCCUUGACAGCCAACCUGAAAAUAUCAACAUUGAUCUCAAUUUUGUUCUAGAGCGAGAAUUCAGUGUCCAGAGCUUAACCUCAGUUGUCAAUGAGGAGUGUUUUUAUGAAACAGAGAGCCAUGGAAAAUCAUAGUACAGUUCCAUCCAGAUAAGGGUUGCAUUGCUCACGUACUUUUAAACUGGUGGUAAAGUGGAGAUUGCAGAAAAACUAUUCAUCAUUGGUUUUGUGCAGUAUGCAUUUUCCCACAAAAUUGUUGUAAAGAUUUAAGUUAUUUUAAUUUAUUGUGGAUCAGAAAACUAGAUUAAACUUGUCAGAAUCUGUAAAUUACUUAGUUUAUAUCCCUUUUGAGCAGGUAUCAAAAUGAUUUAGAAUCCUGAAAACUGCAUUCUAAUUUUAAGUUAUGUGGAAAAAGGAUGGGGAAGUUGUGAUUAAUAGCGUUCAAAAGGAUCAUUUUUUUUUCCCAAUCCUCUGGGCAUUUUCUUUGAGCUGUUUUUGCUUUAUUUAAAGUAUACUUAAAUUAUUUUAAUGUGGGUUAGGGGUACAACAUGCAGAUAGUUCAUUUUUGUAGGGUUGUAAUAGAGGCUGUUUAUACUAAACAUGUCAUACCUAUGUAGUAUAUAUAUUAAAAGCUUGUACUGUAUCUUAUUUGAUAUUUAUUUUCUCUACCAAGCUGUACAGUAAAAGGAACAUAAGCAA